AUGGCAACAACAGUACACAAUGAUCUCUCCAUUGAUGAUGAUGAUGAUGAUGUUAUUGAAGUUGGUAGAGGAAUCAAUGGUCCAUGGCCUCAAGCAAAUGAAGCUCUUUUCAUUACCCUCAUGGAUGAGGAGGUGAAAACCAAGAGUAGUAAAAUAACUGGGACAUUCACUAAACAAGCUUGGAACAGGUUGAGAGAUCAAAUGAACGCAAAAACCCAAUACCAGUAUAACGCACACCAGCUUCAGAAAAAAUACAAUCAGCUGCGUAUUAUGUUCAACAAAUUUAGAGCAUUACUGAAGCAUACAGGUGUUGGUUGGGAUAGCCAACGGCUUACUAUCAUUGCACCGGAUGACGUUAAUAGCCACGCAAAGAGGUUCAGGAAGAAAGGGAUGGUUUACUACCAUGAAUUGUCUCGUAUCUUAGAAGACACAUCCGCAAUUGGUAAACAAGCUCACCCUUCCACCAAAUCACCUUCUGAAAGUAGUGCUAGUUCUGAUCCUGAAUUUAAGGUAAAAAAUGAGGACUUAGAUGCAUUGCAAAUUGAUAGUGAUAAUGACAAUGGAGAUGGCCAAGGCAAGUGCAAGGGAAAAAGUAAAAUGGCAAGUAAAAAGAGUAAAAGGAGGAGCUCUUUUCAAGCUAAUAUUUCUGAAGCACUCAAAGAAAUGAGUGAAAAUAGCAAGAGGAAGGUAGACCUAAUGGAAAAGCGAUUGACAAGUACUUCAGUUACUAAUGUUGGCGAUGACAGUGGUUCAAUUGAAGGUGGCCCUACUACCUCACAUUCACUACUGAAAGAGUGCAUGGCACUAUUGCAUGCUAUGGAGGAAAUUCUUGCACCUGCUUACACUAAAGUUGUGAACAAGCUUGCAUAG